GUAACUGUUAUGUUUGUAAUUUUUCAGCUAUAGAAUAGUGAAACCAGUAACAAAUAUUUUUGGAAGAAAAGAAAGAAAUGGAACUUGGGUUGGAAUGGUUGGACAACUUAUAAACAAGGAAGCCGAUAUUGCAUUUAUUCCGAUAUUCGUUAUGCAUGAUCGCUAUGAUAUAAUAGAUUAUACAACUCAUGUCAUGUUUCAUAAAGUAAAAUUUGUGGUUAAAGCACCAAAAUUGUUACCUAAUUGGAGUUCACUUAUCAAACCAUUUUCUUUACAAAUAUGGAUGAUUAUAUUUGUUACUGUAUUAGUUUUUGGAAUGAUAUUGUUUAAAGUUAUAGAAAGGGAUUUUUAUUUUGAUGAAAAAGUUUCAUUGUGGCCAUUAUCUAAAGUGUUCUGGUUCUUAUUUGGAUCCUUUACUUUUCAAGGUCCAAACACGAGUUCUUUAAACAGAUUUCCUUCACGUUUAUUAAUCACAGUUUGGUGGUUUUCCAUUUUAAUUUUAGUUUCCUGUUAUACGGGACUAUUAAUGUCUUUCUUAACCUAUCCUCUUACUGAAGAUGUGCCUUCAACAUUUCAAGAAUUAGCACUUGCCAUGCAGGAGGGAAAAUAUUCGUGUAUAUUUCUUCCUGGUAGUGAUGUACCCAGAUUUUUAAUGGGAUCAAAAUCGGGUAAUGGUAAAAUAUUAGCAAAUUAUAUUAAGAAAAAUUUAACUUUAGUAAAUGAAAAUGAUGUAUUGCGUACUGUUUUAAAUAGCCGUGUAGCUUUUCUCAAUACAGUUUAUAUGAUCAAAGAAAUGAUAAAACAGUAUGGAUCUGGGAAAUACGUUAUUUCUGAAGAUUCCAUUGUAACAUUUACAGUAGCUUAUGCAUUAAGAAAAGGAUUUCCUUACAGAAAUGAAAUUAAUAAAAUAAUAAUACGUUUAUUUGAGGCAGGAUUAUCAGAUAGAGACGAAGUGUUAUUAAACGUUGUUACCAAAGGUGCUACUUCUGAAUUUCAACCGUUAAUAGUGGAAGAUAUCUUGAGUCCUCUAGCACUUUUGAUUCUAGGAUACAUUUUAUCUAUUUUUUGCUUUAUUCUAGAAAUGAUAAUAUUUAAGUUUGGACAUUGUUUAAACCGAUAUUUUGAACACUUCUCUUCUGACUUCUUAUGCCACAAAAACCAUAAAAUAACGAGCUUAUGAAAUAUUAUAAUGUGACAAUAAUAGUAAUAUUAAAUGACAAAUUUACAUAUGCAUAAAUAUAGUUAAAGAAAAAUAACAGGCUAAAU